GCCAUUUUCUCGUGGUGCUGGAGCAUCAGAUUUCGAAGAAUGCUCACUCAAUCCCUCCUUGUAAGAAUUGACUCCGCAGAGUCAUGGGCUUUGAGAAGUACCGCUGGAGAAGAAUACAUCGUCCAGAUUGGCUUUCCACGAGACUGGCAGAGUCGCUCCAGUCAGCAGAAUGAAGCUCCGGUCCCUAUCUUUUACCUCACAGAUGGAAACUCUGUAUUUUUGACUGCCUUGGAGUCGAUGCAUCGUCACUUAUGUAUGCGCUCUUCAAACAUUCAGGGGAUUAUCGUCGCUAUUGGCUACCCUAUGCCUGCAGACUCAAAAUUUCUUCUGAGUGCACGCAGAAGUCGAGAUCUUACACCACCUGCCGAUGGGAUAGCCGGCCACGAAGGAGGUGCCGACGUCUUUCUUAGCUUUCUACAUAACAAAGUCAAACCGUUGGUCGCUCGGCGACUCUACGAGACCCGCGGGGCGACUGUAGGCCGUGAAGCCCUCUAUGGACAUUCAUACGGGGGACUUCUCUCUUUGCACGCACUAUUCACAAGAACAGAUAUGUUCACCUGUAUCUUGGCCAGUAGCCCCAGUAUCUGGUGGAAUGAGGGCUACAUCGUUACUGAAGAACGCCGCUUUCGAGAGAAAGUAGACUGUAAGAACAGUAGUCCAUCCCUCAUGCUUUUUGUCGGGAAUGAGGAACAAACUCCAACAAGGAAAAGGGGCGAAGGAGAAGAUGAGUACAACAGGAGGUUGAGACGGCACCGUGGACUAGACAUGGUUGACAAUGUCAUCUCAAUAAAUUCGAGAUUAGAAAGAAGUGCGCGGCUAGAACAUCUCUCGAUGAGAGUUUACGACGGAGAAGAUCACGAAACCGUCGUAGCUUGCUCCCUCAACCGGGGACUUGCGACGUUCCUUGACGAUUGGCCCCUGGUAUAAAAGGAGCAAAGUACACCAACCCCUGUCGAGCUUCGCCCAUUUCUAAAC